AUCAUGACGGGGAGGGAUGAGCUGAGCGAAGACAAGCCCAGAGUCCGGCUGCUGUCCCCGGGUUUCGGCCCGGACAAGUCCCGACUGCACGGCUCCGGGUUCCGGUCCAAAGGCUUCGCCAUUACCGACCUGCUUGGCCUGGAGCAGCAGCCCGGCGGGGCUCCGGGCCCCGUCAUGCCGGCGGCGGGCUCCGGGCCCGGGGCCGAGCCUCAGGGUCCCGGCGGCGGCCUCGGGGGCUUCUCGUUCCCCGGCGGCUCUCUGCCGCUCGGCCUCGGCUUUCUGUGCAGCCUGGCGGCGCAGCAGCCCGCCGGAGCGCCGUGCUUCCUGCCCGGACACCUGCCGCUGCUACCGGCCCGCGGAGAGCCGCACUACCUGCAGAGCCUGGAGGCCCAGCGGGACCAGUACUCCG